ACCACCGAAGAAGAAGCAGCAGUGGGACCGGAUGUCCUGCGUGUGCUAACAGGAGACAUCAGAGACGCUGUGGACUCCGGUGUAUUGAUCAGUCGCUGUUGGACGCGGUGUCUUUUUCCGGUGCUGCGGCGGCGGGAGGACACGCUGCGAUGGCCGGCAGCAGGCUGGAGAAGUUCGGGAGCGUUUAUACCCGGGUUCGAGAUCUGAUGCGCUCGGGGGUCAUGAAGCCGUCGCAGAAACCCAUCUGGUUUGACGUGUACGAGGCCUUCCCACCCAAGAAGGAGCCGCUCUACGUGAAGCCGCUCAGGAGGUUUCCGAAGACGGACGACGCUGUGCCCGAAAUCUUCUACCGAGAGGAUCAAAUCAGAGCGAAGUUCUAUGAGCAGUUUGGGACGGGUCCCUGGGCCUUGGAUCUGUCCAAACCGAACUUUGUCUCUACGUGUCAGAGGUUCGUGGAGAAGUACAUGGACUUAGAGAGCCGGAGCGACCUGGAUGAGGCUGCGCUGUUCGAGGAGACCUGGAAGAGUUUCCUGUCCGAGGGCAUCGUGCUGAGACGCAGAGGAACUGCUCCCGUGUCAGCAGAGCCCAGGGACGCAGCGCUCGACCUGAAGCUCACAGACCUGCUGGCGGAGCAGCAGUCGGCCGCUGCAGACGGUGCAGACGGCGCAGAUGGCAAAGAGAUGACAGACGCCACACACACGCCGUAGACCUGCGAUUCUCCACCGCAGAUCUUCUGUCUGACUCUGAGAAGUUGAGUCGUUUCUGCUGCUCGUCUGGAGGUGACGCUCGCCCGUUCAGACGGCUUAAUUUAACCGCCAAGUCAUGACGUCAGUGCUGCUCCCCAACAUCCGGAGCUGCUCGGACAUCAGCUUCAUGUUUCCUAAACGUGGCUCUGCAGCCGCAGCAGGACGCUGGGACAAAAAGAGAAAUAAAGUCAACAUCAUGCAGUGGACAUUAGUCCACAAACACGCUGUGAAUUCUGGGUAACUGUGUGUGGAAAUGAAUGUGAAAUUAAAGUUACUCUUAAUACGUGUUAA